GGAAAGACUGAAGGCCUCGCGCAUUUCGUCGUCUGUUUCGGACAUAAGGCAAACGUGUGAUCCCGACAGCAGACCGCAAUGGCUACCAGGUCGAAAGAAGAAAAGCUCCAGUGUUUGAACUGUCCAAUGUGUCUUGAUGUCUUGAAGAACGCUACCCUCCUUAGCUGUGGCCAUUCCUUCUGCAGGGGGUGUUUAGAAGCAUAUGACAAGCAGCUUAAGGAUCUGAAUCACAUUGUCUGCCCAGUCUGCAGGAAGUCGACCAAGCUGGAUCAAGAACGGGUCGCAGGAUUGACACCAAACUUCUUAGCCAAAGGUCUAAAAGAUCUCCUCAAAGUGGACGUCAUCGCACAAAGUCAGGAAGACGGUCUUUCAUCAAAAUUCUGUUCAUUGCAUAGUAAUGUCUAUAAAGACAUUUACUGCCAGCCCUGUGGUGAGUUCAUCUGUCUUACAUGCUUUAUCGACAGCCAUCAAGGUCACAAGAUUAAGAAGCAGGAGGAGUUAGAAAAGGAGUUGAAGACCAAAAGAGAUGCUCUUCUUGAGAAGAGCACGACGAGAAAGGCCCGCUUUGAACAGUGUUUGAACAAGGCUCUCCUACAAAGAGAUGUCAUGAUUUCACAUCUGAGUGGUUUGGAGAAGGAAGUCAGAGAUGCCUUUGCCAUCAAGGUUGUAGCUCUCCAGCAAAAUGAGGAAGAAUUGCUAAAGAAGAUAGAAGGCAUCAGGAAAGACUUGGACAAGCAGUUGGAAGGCUGUAUUUAUCGCUGCACAGAAGUCAUUGGUAAGAUCAGUAGUUCUGUCAAACUGUUAACCCAUCAUGCAAGUAAGCCUUUAGAUCAUGGUAUGAUUAAAGCGGACCAUCUGAGAUGUGCUGAUCUAGAGGAUUCAAUAAAGGGGGCCACUGACGAAGAUUUUACACCACUUGUGGAAGAGAUAAAAAGGAAUGUACAGUUUUGUCCGGCUGGGGAUGAGCUUCUUGCCCUAGGUUGUAUAGAUGUCAGCGUCAACGAUAUAGAGAAUAAUAGUAGUCAUAAUACCACAGAUGAUGCUGUGGUUUCUGAAGAAGCGGGAGUGCCACCAGUUAGCAGUCUGGGAACCGGGGAUGCCAUGCAACAUGUGAAGACUAGUAGUAGAAGGCAAAGGAAAAACAGGGCAAGAAGAAAGCAGCAAGCUGGCAGUGAAGAAGUAUUGAAUAAUUCAAUGAGUAUUGUAAGAACAAGGGCUUUCCCUUUUAAUGAAGGACGCUUGUUCGGGCUCGCAGCUCUGUCGAAGGAUGCAGUUGUUUUAGGAUACGCCAUGAAUCGAAAAGGUUGCGACCGCUUUACCCUGUCAGGAGAUGAGAGUCCAUACCUUGGGAGUGAGGUGGGUGACGUCUAUGAUGUUGCUUUCCUUUCAGGUGGCAGAACAGUUAUAUCAAAUCAUGGAGGUGAAUUGUUUGUAUACAACGCCGUCAGCGGAAGAGUGGUCCCCACUGGGCAUAUCCGACCGCAGCACAUCUGCGUUACCAAGACCGGCAUAAUGAUCACCAGUACCGGUGACAUCACGCCUAGCACGGUCACUGUCUUUGACCGGGAAGGUCCGGUAGGCACUUCCAUCAUAGCAACCCAUAAUCAUGAGUAUGUGUAUGCUACGGUAGACAGCCUCGAUAGAGUUGUGGUAGCAACGGUGGGGCUUUAUUCAGAUGUGCUGAGAUUAACAAGGUACAAGCUGCUAGGAAUCGAACUCGUUGAGGAGGUGAAUUUCCAACAUCUCAGAAUGCCUUUGCCGAUACAAAUUGCUGGUAAAACCUCAGAGGAUUGUAGCAUCCAGAUCGACGGGGAAACAGUCGAAAUUGUGGACAGCUUCAAAUAUCUUGGAUCUAUAAAGAACAGCGAUACCAGCUGUACUAGAGAUAUACAGAUCAGAACAGCUAUAGCAAAGAAGAAAAUGGUUAAACUGCAUGUACUUGGAAUGACAGGAACAUCUCAACCGGUCUGA